AUGGGUUCCGUACCGCUAUCAGACCCCGUCCGCUUGGCCAUGCUCGUGACAGAUGAGCCACUGCCCAGUGUAGUAGCAAAACUAGGUCGAUUCGACAAUAUCUUCACUUCACUUCUACGAGCCGCUUGCGAAAGCCUGGACCCGCCGCGCACCUUAGAGUCUGAACUGGACAUCAGUGCGCACGAUGUUGUGGCCGGUGACUCGGAAACGACCUAUCCAGAACCUCAAACCAUCGACGCAGUGCUCAUAACGGGAUCCAAAUACUCGGCCUACGCGGAUGACGACUGGAUUGUCCGCCUGACAGAAUACACGCGCCGCCUACUGGAUGAAGGCCGGGUCCGAGUCAUCGGUGUCUGUUUUGGUCAUCAGAUUGUCGCGCGCGCACUUGGCGCACGUGUUGCUCGCUCGCCGUUGGGAUGGGAACUUUCCGUGACGCGUGUGGAGCUCACUGAGGAGGGUAAGAGGGUGUUCAGGGCUGAAAGUCUGAGGAUCUAUCAGACGCACCGGGAUGCUGUGAUCGAAUAUCCAGCUGGUAUCAUUCCCCUAGCCUACACCAAGCAGUGCCCAACACAGGCCAUGUACAUCCCUCAUCGACUCAUCACGGUACAAGGCCACCCAGAGUUUUCCGAGUUUAUGAUGGGCGAGCUCCUACGAGUUCGCCAUCAAGCCGGCACAAUACCCGACGGUCCAUUUCAGGACGCAAGACUGAGAAUGGCGGACAAGCACGAUGGUGUAGCUGUUGCGCAAACAUUUCUGCGCUUCCUACAGGAGUGGUCAACAAUUCAUUUCUAA